UUUGUUUCCUCACAUCCUAAGCUGGUUAAGUUAUCAACUCCCUUACCACUUCCUCUCUUUCUCUCCGCCACUAUCCGGUGCUUCAUUCAAUGGCGUUGACACUAAAUACACCUCCAUCUGUAAGAUUAUCCAGCAUCCAAGCCAAUAGAGUUCGAUUUCAACCUUCUCUAUCCCCAGUUUCUGUUUCUUUUUCUAGAAGGAGGCUAUCGGUUGUUGCAGCUGAAACUGACGCGAAUGAAGUUAAAUCUCAGGCACCAGAUAAAGCGCCGGCAAGUGGUGGUUCGAGCUUCAACCAGCUUCUUGGAAUUAAAGGCGCUGCGCAAGAAACAAAUAAAUGGAAGAUUCGUCUUCAAUUGACAAAGCCUGUUACAUGGCCGCCCUUGGUUUGGGGGGUAGUUUGUGGUGCUGCUGCUUCUGGUAACUUCCAUUGGACUAUUGAGGAUGUGGCAAAAUCAAUUGCUUGCAUGCUUAUGUCUGGUCCAUUUCUCACUGGAUAUACGCAGACAAUCAAUGAUUGGUAUGAUCGAGAGAUUGAUGCAAUUAAUGAACCUUAUCGUCCAAUCCCAUCUGGUGCAAUAUCUGAGAAUGAGGUUAUAACUCAAAUAUGGGUGUUGCUUCUAGGAGGACUUGGCUUGGCUGGUUUGUUAGAUGUGUGGGCAGGACAUGACUUUCCUAUAGUCUUUUACCUUGCUCUAGGUGGCUCUUUGUUGUCAUAUAUAUACUCUGCUCCACCUCUAAAGCUAAAACAAAAUGGAUGGAUUGGAAAUUUUGCUCUUGGAGCUAGUUAUAUUAGUUUACCAUGGUGGGCAGGUCAAGCUUUGUUUGGAACUCUCACUCCUGAUAUUAUCGUUCUCACACUCUUGUACAGCAUAGCUGGUUUAGGAAUAGCCAUAGUAAAUGAUUUCAAAAGUGUUGAGGGCGAUAGAGCUUUAGGACUUCAGUCACUUCCGGUAGCUUUUGGUGCUGAAACUGCUAAAUGGAUUUGCGUUGGGGCUAUUGACAUAACGCAAUUGUCUGUUGCUGGUUAUCUGUUGGGAGCCGGCAAGCCGUAUUACGCAUUAGCCCUGCUUGCUCUUAUUGGUCCCCAAGUUUUUUUCCAGUUCAAAUACUUCCUCAAGGACCCAGUCAAGUAUGAUGUCAAAUAUCAGGCCAGCGCACAGCCAUUUCUUGUGCUAGGUCUGUUGGUCACUGCUUUAGCAACCAGCCACUGAACCCAACAUCGGAGAGAAUUAAGCACACACCUAAUCGCAUGCAAGACAAAUGCAAGGCCAGAGAAAGCAGGAAGCCAAGUCUUGUCGCUCCCCCAACAGCAACCGGCUCAAUUCAGGUUAAAUUUUUGCCUUGUUUGGCAACAGCAGGUUUUGGAUUUCUACCAACAUGUUUCAAAGCUUUGAUUUAGGAUUGUAUCACUAUCAGUUCUUAGGUUAGGUAUAGUUUUCUGUUACACGCGAGUCCCUACCAUUGAUGCCUUCUUACUACGAGCUGCAAUAAGGAUCAUAAUGCAUACGUUUUAUUCCAUAACAAUUAACCAACCAACCAACCAACCCUGUUUUUCUUGAAAAA